AUGAGCAAUGAUCCAUCUGCUGUAUCGGAACUACCAGACAAGGACAGUCUUGAUAACGGUAUCAGCAAUGACAAUGAAAGGGCCAUGGGCGGCAAUGGCGAUGGCGGCGAUGGAUUACGAUUACCAAGGACCACUGGAACUUUGAACGUCAAUGCCUUACAAAAAGGCACUAAUGCUGCCCAUGAAGCUGGUGGAUACAAAUCCAUGGAUCCUGCGAAGAACGCGGAGACAACCAAUGAUGAUGACAAUAAUGUCGUUUCACUAGAUGAUCCUAUUCAAUUUACCCGAGUAUCUUCCUCCUCUGUCAUCAGUGGAAUGUCUUCAUCCAUGAGUCCUCAUUCUAACAUCGAUGAAACCAAAUCUCUAGAAGCAGUCACUCCAAACAUAAAUACCAGCAAUAUAACCCCGGAUCAUUCUGCUGACAACACAUUUUCUACCAUAAAUGCGUCCGAGUCAGAUCACCAGUUUAAUGACACUUUACUAUCAAAACUGUCGUUAACAGAUUCUACAGAAACUAUAGAAAAUAACGCGACAGUGAAGCACCAGCAGCCAGUUGCAUCUUCCACAGUAAACUCGAAUAAGAGCUCCACUGAUAUACGAAGGGCUACACCAGUGUCCACUCCCGUUAUCUCUAAACCAUCGAUGACAACCACGCCAAGACAGAUCAAUUCAGCUUCCCAUUCGCUUUCGAACCCUAAGCAUAAGCAACAUAAACCAAAAGUUAAACCGUCCAAGCCUGAAGCAAAAAGUAAACCGGUUUCUGUGAAAAAAAGCUUUCCUUCGAAAAAUCCUUUAAAAAACUCCUCUCCACCUAAAAAGCAAACAGAAAAAUCGUAUUAUUCUUCCUCUUCGAAAAAAAGGAAAAGCGGUUCAAAUAGUGGUACACUAAGAAUGAAAGAUGUCUUUACGUCCUUUGUACAGAAUAUAAAGAGAAAUUCUCAGGAUGAUAAAAGGGCCUCAUCGUCGUCCAAUAAUUCUUCCUCAUCUUCUAUAACCACCGCUUUGAGGAUAUCUACGCCAUACAAUGCCAAGCAUAUCCACCAUGUGGGCGUGGACUCCAAGACUGGUGAGUACACAGGUUUGCCGGAGGAAUGGGAAAAAUUGUUGACUUCUAGUGGUAUUUCCAAAAGAGAACAACAGCAAAACAUGCAAGCAGUCAUGGAUAUUGUCAAAUUCUAUCAGGAUGUCACGGAAACAAACGGUGAAGAUAAAAUGUUCAAGACUUUCAACACAACCACAGGAUUGCCGGGAAGUCCUCAAGUUUCAACACCGCCUGCAAACUCAUUCAAUAAAUUUCCUCCGUCGACAAGUGAUUCGCACAAUUACGGUUCCAGAACAGGUACACCAAUGUCCAAUCACGUCAUGUCUCCAACCUUAAAUACAGAUUCUAGUUCAGCAAACGGGAAAUUCAUACCAAGUAGACCGGCUCCUAAGCCCCCAUCUUCUGCGUCCGCUUCAGCUCCAAUUAUAAAAUCACCCGUCAUGAAUUCUGCCGCCAAUGUUUCGCCCUUGAAGCAGACUCAUGCACCUACAACUCCGAACAGGACCAGCCCAAACAGGUCCUCAAUAUCAAGAAAUGCCACUUUAAAAAAAGAGGAGCAGCCACUACCACCAAUACCUCCAACCAAAUCCAAAACGUCUCCAAUCAUCUCCACAGCUCACACACCACAGCAAGUUGCUCAAUCGCCAAAAGCGCCGGCGCAAGAGACGGUAACGACACCUACUUCGAAGCCAGCUCAAGCAAGAAGCUUGUCUAAAGAAUUAAAUGAGAAAAAGAGAGAGGAAAGGGAAAGACGUAAAAAACAACUAUAUGCCAAAUUGAACGAAAUUUGCUCAGACGGUGACCCAAGUACAAAAUAUGCCAAUUUAGUAAAAAUUGGUCAAGGUGCAUCAGGUGGUGUUUAUACUGCUUAUGAAAUAGGUACGAAUGUCUCAGUGGCCAUUAAGCAAAUGAAUCUCGAAAAGCAACCAAAAAAGGAGCUAAUCAUCAAUGAGAUUCUGGUCAUGAAGGGUAGCAAACACCCUAAUAUAGUUAAUUUCAUUGAUUCUUACGUUUUAAAAGGCGACCUUUGGGUCAUUAUGGAAUACAUGGAAGGUGGCUCCUUAACUGAUGUGGUCACCCAUUGUAUUUUGACAGAAGGUCAAAUUGGUGCCGUUUGUAGAGAAACUUUGAGUGGGUUGGAAUUUUUACAUUCUAAAGGUGUUCUUCACAGAGAUAUCAAAUCCGAUAACAUCCUAUUGUCCAUGGAAGGGGAUAUUAAGUUAACGGAUUUCGGUUUUUGCGCUCAAAUCAAUGAAUUGAACUUGAAAAGAACUACUAUGGUGGGAACGCCUUAUUGGAUGGCGCCUGAAGUGGUUUCUAGGAAAGAAUAUGGCCCAAAAGUAGAUAUCUGGUCGUUGGGUAUCAUGAUCAUUGAAAUGAUCGAGGGGGAGCCUCCAUAUUUAAAUGAAACCCCGCUAAGAGCACUGUAUUUAAUUGCUACAAAUGGUACACCCAAGUUAAAGGAACCCGAGAAUCUAUCGUCAAGCUUGAAAAAAUUCCUUGAUUGGUGUUUAUGUGUGGAGCCCGAAGAUAGAGCAAGCGCUACGGAAUUGCUUCAUGAUGAAUAUAUCACGGAGAUAGCUGAAGCCAAUUCCUCAUUGGCCCCGCUAGUCAAGUUAGCAAGAUUGAAGAAAGUAGCUGAGAACAUGGAUGCUGAUGAAGAUAAUGACGACGAUAACGACAACGAGCAUAUUAAUAAGACAAACAAUUGUGACGACAAUAACGAUAGCAAAGAAACCGUAAAUUUGGACGUAACUGAAGAUGAUAAACAAAAGUAA